ACGACAUCGACUUUCCUACAACACCUGCGCCCAUGGCUUGCAGCUCCCACAGCGAUGGCGUGCACGUUUGGGACUUGGAUUUGCAGCUCGAGGGCGACUACAGGCGCUUCCGGCCACAGCCCCGGGCCUGUUUGCCCAAGCCCUUCUUCCGGGCCAAGAAGCGCAAACACCACGAGGACAUCCUCAGCAAUUGGGACGCACAGACGAGCGCUCUGUCGCCUGAGCAAGAGAGGCUUCUGCUUCGGUGCCAAGAGAUGCCAAAGAUGCAAAGGCACCUUCAAUGCCAGGAGAGUUGUAUCGCGCGCGAGACGGAGACACUGGAUGUCCCAGAGGAGCUGGUCAUGGGGAGGUCCACGGUGGAAGUGGAACGGCGCGGCUUCGUGCUGCCGCAAGCAAGCGCCUGGGUCCAGGGCGAUGUCUUCCUUGGCGAUGUUCCACCGCCGAUCGCUUCGCGCUUUGCCGCCGUGGUGAUGGAUCCGCCUUGGGAAAGCAAAAGCCGAGGCGUGCGCUACGCCUCUUGCCGGCCCAUACAGCUCAAAGAGAUCCCCCUCGCACAGUUGUUGUCUCCUGAAGGAAUGUUGGCAGUUUGGGUGACCAAUGAUCCUAAGAAACAGGCCUUUGUCCUGGAAGAUCUCUUCCCACACUGGGGCCUGCGCCACACCAGCACUUGGACGUGGCUGAAGGUCCGGGUCACCAACUCCGGUGAGCUCAUCCUGCCCUUGGGUGCUUCGCGACCGCGCUUGCCCUACGAGAAGGUCUUGGUGGCCAGGAGAUCCACUCACCGGGCAUUUGAUGAGGACGGCUUGGUGCUUCUUGGUGAGGAGGUCACCGGUGGGUGGAUGGACGGCGGUCGAUGACGAAACCAUCCAGUACCUGCCACAAAGGUCGAGGUUUAAAGGUUUCCAAGUGGCAUGUACUGUAGAUGUUUUGAUAUGUUUUGAAGUUCUUCACCCAUGGUUGAUCAACAUUGUCCCUCUAUUUUUAUAUAUGUUUCUUUCAGAUCUUCACGGCCAUUCCAUCAUUCCAUCUACCCGUUUCAAUUUCACACGCAAGUGAAGAAAUGAAACUGUAUAAUAUAUGCUUAUAUGUAAUAUAUAUCAUCUUAUAUCACAAGCAAUGUUGGAGCAGGUCCACGUGGUCGCACAUCCCACGCCACUUCACCCUUGGGCCCCCCAAAUCGAGAAUGCCCCGGUGUCGUGCGCCGCAUGCCGCUUCAGCAUCCACGUUGCCUGGAGGAGAGUCGCCUCUUUGCCGCGGUGCCAGGCGUGCAUAGUCAGAAGCCCUUCUUGGACGCCUUUUUGCCGGAGGGCCCCAAGUUGGAGAUUUUCGCCCGGAAUCUCCGGCCCCAUUGGUGCAGCUGGGGCAACGAGGUGCUCCUCUUUCAAAGGUCCUGCCUCUUCCGCCCGGCGGAGGAAGACCUGGGCGCAGCCGCGGA